AUGAGUUCCAAGCCAAAAUCCAUAGGGGUCAUCGGAGCUCCUUUCUCAAAGGGCCAGCCACGAGGAGGGGUGGAAGAAGGCCCUACAGUAUUGAGGAAGGCUGGUCUGCUUGAGAAACUUAAAGAACUAGAGUGUGAUGUGAAAGAUUAUGGGGCCCUGACCUUUGCUGAUGUCCCUAAUGACAGUCCCUUUCAAAUGGUGAAGAAUCCAAGGUCUGUGGGAAAAGCAAGUGAACAGCUGGCUGAUGUGGUGGCAGAAAUCAAGAGGAACGGAAGGACCAGCCUUGUACUGGGCGGAGACCACAGCUACAUUUUGAAAAUUCUGGGAAUUAAAUACUUUUCAAUGACUGAAGUGGAUAAACUGGGAAUUGGCAAGGUGAUGGAAGAAGCAUUCAGCUAUCUACUAGGAAGAAAGAAAAGGCCAAUUCAUUUGAGCUUUGAUGUUGAUGGACUGGACCCGUCUUUCACACCAGCUACUGGCACACCAGUCCAGGGAGGUCUGUCUUACAGAGAAGGUCUCUACAUCACAGAAGAAAUUUACAAAACAGGGCUACUGUCAGGAUUAGAUAUAAUGGAAGUGAAUCCAUCUCUGGGGAAGACACCAGAAGAAGUAACUCGGACAGUGAACACAGCAGUAGCAAUAACCUUGGCUUGUUUUGGAGUUGCUCGGGAGGGUAACCAUAAGCCUACUGAUUACCUUAACCUGCCUAAGUAAACACGGAAACGUCAUAGAAAAAUCUCACAGUUAACGACAUAAUUAGCAAAUCCACUAGUUUAGUUAAACUUCUAGUUACCCUCCCAAAGAUUUGGUCUUUCAGAAAAAUGU